AUGAGCGUUUUAAGCGUAAAUGGCAUAUCCAUCGGCUUCUACCCAGACGAAGGAGACUCCGGAGGCACAAAGUCCUACCUCUCACACCUCAACACCGCCCUUUCCACCUCCUGGCCCCCUACAACCCCCCGCCCUUGCCCUAUCAUCACCACCGUCGGCUGGUACGCCCAAACAUACCCCAACGAGACCUUUACCGGUUCUCAACUGCUACCUCUCGUCGACGAUCUUAAAUCAUCUUACACCCUUUCCCAUGUCCCUUUUAUAUACGAAGCUUCCGUUAUGCCGUUUCAAUCAUGGGCUGGCUACACCCCGUCCAACAACACCAAAGCUCGGGAAAUCGCCCAGGCGAUAUCUACACUCAUCGAUCGCAGCCGGAUCUCCUGCACCGAGUACGCCAUCUCGGAAGUGAGGUUGAGAUUCGGUCAUGAAAUGAACUACUACAUCUCCUCGGGCCUAUACCCUCCUCCCACCGACGCCUCCAAUCCAGGGUUGGAUUAUGGCACUGCAUUUGACCAAGUCGCUCUCGCUUGCCGCUCCCUACCCUCGCCGUACAAGGAGAGGAUAAAGAUGUUUUGGUGCCCGAAUAUCGCCUCCACCUCAACCGAUGCGCUGCAAGAAUACCAAACCUAUCUUCCGAGUCUGGAAUAUGUAGACUACGUCGGCAUCGACUACUAUUGCCCCGCACCAGGCUGUCUCGAUUCGGGAGACUUUGUUAAAAAAAUGCGGAUACUGCACAAUAAAUAUUGCUCAGAGCGGAGGCCGUUUAUAUUGGGCGAAACAGGUUUGCACUACGAUCACAGAGAGGCUCGAGGCAUAGAGGCCAAACUGAAGUGGUUGCAGGUUGUGACGGGCAAAGAGGUCAAGAGGGAGUUGAGAUGGAUGAGCGGCGUUAGUUGGUUUAAUUAUCAGAAGGAUCGUGAUUAUAGGUUGAUUUGGGUUAGACCUGAAGAGAAGCGAUGUAAUGAUCCGUUUGUGGGAUGGAUCGAGCGAAGGAUGGACAGAGAGCACACAAGCAAGGAAGACAGGGAUGGGGCCGGAGGGAAAGUGAAGAAAUUCCUCAAGACUCUCAUCGCAAACUAA